GUGACAGAGUGAGACUCGGUCUCAAUAAAUAAAAUAAAAGAUGCAUAUGCUCUGGCUACAUUUUAUUCUUUCUCAAACAGCUUUUACAGUGGGUAGUGCUGUAAAAGUUGUUUAGCUCUGGUCAUUUUAUCUUUUUUGUGAUCUGCAAAAGGAGAGAUCCUUUUCCUUUUCACUGUGUCUAAUACCCAACUCCAAUACUCCUUUGACCUCACAGGCACUUAGAAUCUGUCAGUGGCUCCAUCUUUUCUCAGACUUCAUCUCCUUCGUAUCCUUAUUCCUCUCCUUUGUAGCUUCAGUGCCAGUCAGAUGUCGUUACUCCCUGGCACACUACCUCAGCACUUCAGCACUUUCUUGCUUUGUUAUAUUCAGUCGACAAAGCCCCAGCCUCAUGAAACUCAGUCAUGUCUGCCCCAUGCCUGCUCCGUCCUGAAGCUGAAUGUGACUCCUUCAUUGAUCCCCCUUUAAGGUUCAUGUCUACCGCAGGUCAACCUCUUGCCGCCAAGCCCACCUGCAUACUGCAGUUCCCUGGUCUCUCCUAGCCCCUCCCACCCUCCUUAUCAGCUGUCACACCUCCUUGCAGCUGAUAUCUUAGUUCCCAGAGAGCACAGAAGCAAGCUCAAGAGAAUGUCUACAGGCCAGCGUCUACUCCUUCGCUCUGACUCCCUCAUGCUGUCACGGAGCGCCUGUCCCAGGCCCUCGCUCCUGUUCUAAGGCAUCUCUCCAGUCCUCUACUGCACUCUCCCCCAUCAGAGAUUCCUCGCUCGCCUGCCCUAGAAACUUGUUGCUACUUCUCCCACCUUGACAAAAGCUGCUCCCAACCCCCCACCUGUCUAGCAUCUCUGUUUUCCUUUACCAGCAAGACUCCAGUCCCUGUCUCCACACCCUCUUCAACCUUCUGCAGUUGUUCCUUUGCUGCCACAGCUCUGCCAAGCUGCUCCGUGAGGUCUCCAGUGAUGACCUUCAUGUUGUUAAAUCUGGGAGCUGCUUGUCACUUCUUGUCCCGGAGCUGUCGUCAUCAGUUAACCCCAAUACCCAUAUGAGGCAAUCCUUUCCCUCCCUUGAGUCUCUGCACUGAUGUGCACCUUCUCAGUGCAAACCACAGCUUUUGUCUCUUUCUAGCUGAAUACGUGACUGACUGUGCUUCUCUUAGCUGUCACCGCUGCUGGAGCAGCAGCUCCACAGGACAGGAUUGUCUCCUUGAUUCACAGAUGUAGCUCAAGCUCCUAGAACAGUGCCCGGCGUCUAUGGGUCCUCAGGAAGUCCUGGAUGUACUGCUUAAAGUACCCAUGAGAAUGGCCUCUGUGGUUUUCUGCUUUCCUGGAUGGAACCUUGGGAACUGAUUAUUGAGAAGAGGCUGACCACUACCCACCUCAGCUCCCAGGCUUCAGGGCCUUGGUUACUACUCCUUUGGGCCCUCACUGACCCUUGCAGACGUCUUUUGCAACCUCUGUAGCCAGAAGGGACAACCGCUUUCUGGCAUGUUGCUCUUUCCCUAAUGGCUUAUGAGCUUCUUGAGCACCAAAGCAUGUGUGACUUCCUCACGCCUUCCCCUGUAUAGUAUAGCACCCCUAACUGUAUGUAUAAGGAGAAGGAGUGAGCAAUUGAUGGUGUCCCCCUGGAUCUCCAAGGGAAUGGGAAGGGGCGGGGUUUCUGGAUUCAGUCACGUGGAAUCUGGUUGUUGGUGUCUAAAUGUGCCUGUUACUUGUGCCCAGUGUCCAGGUUCACCAGGAGGCUUAGCCUGCUCAUUUCCCUGCUAGGUAGCUAUAUUUUGGGAGAGCAUUUUUUAUGCUCUAAUUGAACUUUGUGGGUCUCAGCAAUUUGAACAAUGUUUUGUUUUUCUUCUGGUCAGGUUACAAAAGAAAGAAAAGGAAUCUGGUGUUGUAGGAGGUGGUGUGUUGUGUAAUUACUUGUUUUUUUUUUAAGUUUUUUUUAAUUUUUGCAACAAGGCAAGUUUUCUUUGAAUAAAUAAUGCUGGGAGCUUAUCACAUAGAAGACAUAUGUGUUGUACUCAGUACAUUCUGAAUUAUCUGCGUUUAUUUUUAUCUCUUGAAUUCACUUAUAAACAAUUCAAAGGCUGCUUUUUUAGCUAACAGAAAUAGGAAGAGAAUCUCAGAAUCUAUUUUGUCAUUUUUUCAAUGGGUCGAGUUAUAGUGAUUAUGCUAACUCGGUGGAAAAGCAGUGUAGUGAGUAAACCUCACAUAUGGCAUAUCAUGAACAUUUUGUUGCUUUUUUGGCUUCUGACCAUCUUCAUACCUUUUUUUGUGUUAAAAGUCUCCCCAUUGUGUAUAUCUUAGUAAGAGGCAGGUGGACCCUAGUUUCUACCUAAGAAAACCUGAAGAUGGGGUUGGGGGCCUGUGGUGUACUUCCUUCUCAUGCUGUCCAUGACCGCUGCAGUGGCUUUAUAAGGAUCCAGGAUCCAGGGCCCCUCAGUGGGUGUCUUCCAUUUCUCAAGAUUGCCUCUUGGUUGUGAGAUGAUGGUUGCUGCUCUAGUUAUUGCAUCCACUCCUCCAGGUAGGAAGAAAGAGGUCAUAGGGGAAAGGCAAAAUGGCACUUGACAUCUUAACUUCUAGGCCCAUUCAAUAUUUCCAUUUCCAUCUUCACACCCAUCAUCUUGUCCUAGGGAACAAACAGCACCAGCAGCUCAGUAGCUAUAACAGCAAUUAUUUAUUUCUCACACAUGGGUCUGGGUCAGCUGUAAGAUGGGAUUCAGAUCUGUUCUCAAGCCUGUCGUUCCAGGACCCAGGAGGGAGAAGCAGCUGCCAGGGGAAGUCUCUUCGUAGGCGGAGGUCAGGAGUCCAAGAGGAGUGAGCAGAGUCACAGAAGCCUCUUAAAGCCUCUUCUUCCCCCAUCCCAUCAACACGUGAGCAAGCCCAGAGUCAGUGGGUGGGAGGUGUGCUCCGCCCAUAGUCAGUAGAACAAGAGCAAGCUUGAAAGAGAACGAUGAACAGGAGUGCGCUCGGCCACUGUCUCCUUAGCCAUAACGUCGUCCCAUGGUCUGCUGGGAAGCGGGGAAUAACUCUCCUUAGCUGAGCGCAGGGUCUCAUUAGUAAGGCAGAUGGAGAACAUGGGUGUUGGGGGACACCUGGCAGUGCCUGCCACAGGGGAAUGGAAUAUAUUCCCUCCCCUUGCUUUCUAGAAACUAGGGGAUGGCGAUGAAGCCUAGGUUUGGCCAAACCCAUUCUGCCUUCAGGGACUUUGACUCUUGAGGGACAGUGAGGGAUUAGUCAUGGUGGUGGCAGCUGAGUCACAAAACCAGCAAUUGUGGCUAGUGUCCAGUGAUGACAUGCAGCAGUGCCCAGAGUGGGUGUCCCAACCAGCAGGUCCCUGCAGUAUAACCUUGGCUGUGUUUGCAGUGCAGCCUCUAUUCCUGCUGCUUUUCUGAGCCUAGUUCUCUAGUUCUCUCUCCAUUUCCAGAUCUGCUGCCCAAGAACUCCUUUGUGAUUGAAUUUAACCAGAGUUGAUUUCUGUUGCUUGAAACUCAGGACCUUGAUGCAGUGUGCAGGGUCUGGGCAAGUCUAGACUUGAAUGCAAACAGUUCUUAUUGCUAACUUACCACUAGUCACCACUAAUGCACAAAGACUAUGAACAGGAAAUUCAUAAAAGAAGAGAUACAGAUGGCCAAUGAAGAUAGGAAAAGAGUUCUGCCUGCUGGUAAUCAAAGAGAUGCAAACGAAAACAAAAAUGAUGCCUUUUCACCUACCAAAUUUGUCAAGAUUAAAAAGAAAGCAAAGAGCCAGCGUCAGCUGAUGUUCAUACCUGCACCUGCUCGGUAGCUUGCUAAUGUUCUGCCUGCUCCACACGCCAGGCCAGCCUCCACGGCGCAGCCAGGGAAGAAAAGUCAGAAGACCAGGACCUCCAGGGCCUCAAGGACAAACCCCUCAAGUUUAAAAAGGUGAAGAAAGAUAAGAAAGAAGAGAAAGAGGGCAAGCAUGAGCCCGUGCAGCCGUCAGCCCACCACUCUGCCGAGCCCGCAGAGGCAGGCAAAGCAGAGACAUCAGAAGGGUCGGGCUCCGCCCCGGCUGUGCCGGAAGCUUCUGCCUCCCCCAAACAGCGGCGCUCCAUCAUCCGUGACCGGGGACCCAUGUAUGAUGACCCCACCCUGCCUGAAGGCUGGACACGGAAGCUUAAGCAAAGGAAAUCUGGCCGCUCUGCUGGGAAGUAUGAUGUGUAUUUGAUCAAUCCCCAGGGAAAAGCCUUUCGCUCUAAAGUGGAGUUGAUUGCGUACUUCGAAAAGGUAGGCGACACAUCCCUGGACCCUAAUGAUUUUGACUUCACGGUAACUGGGAGAGGGAGCCCCUCCCGGCGAGAGCAGAAACCACCUAAGAAGCCCAAAUCUCCCAAAGCUCCAGGAACUGGCAGAGGCCGGGGACGCCCCAAAGGGAGCGGCACCACGAGACCCAAGGCGGCCACGUCAGAGGGUGUGCAGGUGAAAAGGGUCCUGGAGAAAAGUCCUGGGAAGCUCCUUGUCAAGAUGCCUUUUCAAACUUCGCCAGGGGGCAAGGCUGAGGGGGGUGGGGCCACCACAUCCACCCAGGUCAUGGUGAUCAAACGCCCUGGCAGGAAGCGAAAAGCCGAGGCCGACCCUCAGGCCAUUCCCAAGAAACGGGGCCGAAAGCCGGGGAGUGUGGUGGCAGCUGCUGCCGCCGAGGCCAAAAAGAAAGCCGUGAAGGAGUCUUCUAUCCGAUCUGUGCAGGAGACCGUACUCCCCAUCAAGAAGCGCAAGACCCGGGAGACGGUCAGCAUCGAGGUCAAGGAAGUGGUGAAGCCCCUGCUAGUGUCCACCCUCGGUGAGAAGAGCGGGAAAGGACUGAAGACCUGUAAGAGCCCUGGGCGGAAAAGCAAGGAGAGCAGCCCCAAGGGGCGCAGCAGCAGCGCCUCCUCGCCCCCCAAGAAGGAGCACCACCACCAUCACCACCACUCAGAGUCCCCAAAGGCCCCCGUGCCGCUGCUCCCACCCCUGCCCCCACCUCCACCCGAGCCCGAGAGCUCCGAGGACCCCACCAGCCCCCCUGAGCCCCAGGACUUGAGCAGCAGCGUCUGCAAAGAGGAGAAGAUGCCCAGAGGAGGCUCACUGGAGAGCGACGGCUGCCCCAAGGAGCCAGCUAAGACUCAGCCCGCGGUUGCCACCGCCGCCACAGCCGCAGAAAAGUACAAACACCGAGGGGAGGGAGAGCGCAAAGACAUUGUUUCAUCCUCCAUGCCAAGGCCAAACAGAGAGGAGCCUGUGGACAGCCGGACGCCCGUGACCGAGAGAGUUAGCUGACUUUACACAGAGCGGAUUGCAAAGCAAACCAACAAGAAUAAAGGCAGCUGUUGUCUCUUCUCCUUAUGGGUAGGGCUCUGACAAAGCUUCCCGAUUAACUGAAAUAAAAAAUAUUUUUUUUUCUUUCAGUAAACUUAGAGUUUCGUGGCUUCAGGGUGGGAGUAGUUGGAGCAUUGGGGAUGUUUUUCUUACCGACAAGCACAGUCAGGUUGAAGACCUAACCAGGGCCAGAAGUAGCUUUGCACUUUUCUAAACUAGGCUCCUUCAACAAGGCUUGCUGCAGAUACUACUGACCAGACAAGCUGUUGACCAGGCACCUCCUCCCCUCCCGUCCAAACCUUUCCCACAUGUGGUCGUUAGAGACAGAGCAGUUGAGAGGAUACUGCCGUUUUCGGUGCCAUCAGUGCCCCGUCUACAGCUCCCCCAGCUCCCCCCACCUCCCCCACUCCCAACCACGUUGGGACAGGGAGGUGUGAGGCAGGAGAGACAGUUGGAUUCUUUAGAGAAGAUGGAUAUGACCAGUGGCUAUGGCCUGUGCGAUCCCACCCGUGGCGGCUCAAGUCUGGCCCCACACCAGCCCCAAUCCAAAACUGGCAAGGACGCUUCACAGGACAGGAAAGUGGCACCUGUCUGCUCCAGCUCUGGCAUGGCUAGGAGGGAGUCGUCCCUUGAACUACUGGGUGUAGACUGGCCUGAACCACAGGAGAGGAUGGCCCAGGGUGAGGUGGCAUGGUCCAUUCUCAAGGGACGUCCUCCAAUGGGUGGCGCUAGAGAGGCCAUGGAGGCAGUAGGACAAGGCGCAGGCAGGCUGGCCCGGGGUCAGGCCGGGCAGAGCACAGCGGGGUGAGAGGGAUUCCUAAUCACUCAGAGCAGUCUGUGGCUGGUAGUUAGGGACUUAGUGGACAGGGGAGGGGGCAAAGGGGGAGGAGAAGAAAAUGUUCUUCCAGUUACUUUCCAGUUCUUUAGGGACAGCUUAGAAUUAUUUGCACUAUUGAGUCUUCAUGUUCCCACUUCAAAACAAACAGAUGCUCUGAGAGCAAACUGGCUUGAAUUGGUGACAUUUAGUCCCUCAAGCCACCAGAUGUGAUGGUGUUGACAACUACCUGGACUUGUAUAUAUACCUGCGCUUGUUUUAAAGUGGGCUCAGCACAUAGGGUUCCCACGAAGCUCCGAAACUCUAAGUGUUUGCUGCAAUUUUAUAAGGACUUCCUGAUUGUUUUCUCUUCUCCCUCCCAUUUCUGCCUUUUGUUCAUUUCAUCCUUUCACUUCUUUCCCUUCCUCCGUCCUCCUUCUUCCUAGUUCAUCCCUUCUCUUCCAGGCAGCCGCAGUGCCCAGCCACACUUGUCGGCUCCAGUCCCUAGAACUCUGCCUGUCCUUUGUCCUCCUGCUGCCAGUACCAGCCCCACCCUGUUUUGAACCCUGAGGAGGCCUUGGGCUCUGCUGAGUCCGACCUGGCCUGUCUGUGAAGAGCAAGAGAGCAGCAAGGUCUUGCUCUCCUAGGUAGCCCCCUCUUCCCUGGUAAGAAAAAGCAAAAGGCAUUUCCCACCCUGAACAACGAGCCUUUUCACCCUUCUACUCUAGAGAAGUGGACUGGAGGAGCUGGGCCCGAUUUGGUAGCUGAGGAAAGCACAGAGGCCUCCUGUGGCCGGCCAGUCAUUGAGUGGCCCAACAGGGACUCCAUGCCACCCGACCUUGACCUCACUCAGAAGUCCAGAAUCUAGCGUAGUGCAGCAGGGCAGUAGCAGUACCAAUGCAGAACUCCCGAGACCCGAGCCGGGACCAGCACCAAGGUCCCCAGCCCUUCCUCUGCUCCCCCUUUUCCCUCGGAGUUCUUCUCGAAUGGAAAUGUUUUGCUUUUGCUCAAUGCAGACAGUGGGGCCAGAACACCACACAUUUCACUAUCUGGUCCGUAGCUGUGGUGUAGGGGCUUAGAGGCAUGGGCUUGCUGUGGAUUUUUAAUUGAUCAGUUUUCAUUUGGGAUCCCAUCUUUUUAACCUCGUUCAGGAAGUCCUUAUCUAGCUGCAUAUCUUCAUCAUAUUGGUAUAUCCUUUUCUGUGUUUACAGAGAUGUCUCUUAUAUCUAAAUCUGUCCAACUGAGAAGUACCUUAUCAAAGUAGCAAAUGAGACAGCAGUCUUAUGCUUCCAGAAACACCCACAGGCAUGUCCCAUGUGAGCUGCUGCCAUGAACUGUCAAGUGUGUGUUGUCUUGUGUAUUUCAGUUAUUGUCCCUGGCUUCCUUACUACGGUGUAAUCAUGAAGGAGUGAAACAUCAUAGAAACUGUCUAGCACUUCCUUGCCAGUCUUUAGUGAUCAGGAACCAUAGUUGACAGUUCCAAUCAGUAGCUUAAGAAAAAACCGUGUUUGUCUCUUCUGGAAUGGUUAGAAGUGAGGGAGUUUGCCCCAUUCUGUUUGUAGAGUCUCAUAGUUGGACUUUCUAGCAUAUAUGUAUCCAUUUCCUUAUGCUGUAAAAGCAAGUCCUGCAACCAAACUCCCAUCAGCCCAAUCCCUGAUCCCUGAUCCCUUCCACCUGCUCUGCUGAUGACCCCCCCCCCCCGCCAGCUUCACUUCUGACUCUUCCCCAGGAAGAGAAGGGGGGUCAGAGGAGAGGGUGAGUCCUCCAGAACUCUUCCUCCAAGGACAGAAGGCUCCUACCCCCAUCGUGGCCUCGCACUCCUGGCACUACCAAAGGACACUUAUCCACGAGAGCGCAGCAUCCGACCAGGUUGUCACUGAGAAGAUGUUUAUUUUGGUCAGUUGGGUUUUUAUGCAUUAUACUUAGUCAAAUGAAAUAUGGCUUCUGGAAUCAUUGUCCAGAGCUGCUUCCCCAUCACCUGGGUGUCAUCUGGUCCUGGUAAGAGGAGUGCGUGGCCCACCAGGCGCCCCCUGUCACCCAUGACAGUUCAUUCAGGGCCGAUUGGGCAGUCGUGGUUGGGAACACAGCAUUUCAAGCGUCACUUUAUUUCAUUCGGGCCCCACCUGCAGCUCCCUCGUUCCCCAGCCUCUUUCCCUUCCAGUUUAUUCCAGAGCUGCCAGUGGGGCCUGAGGCUCCUUAGGAUUUUCUGUUUCCCCCUUUCUUUCUCAUUCCCUCUUCUUUCCCAAAGGCAUCACGAGUCAGUCGCCUUUCAGCAGGCAGCCUUGGCGGUUUAUCGCCCUGGCAGGCAGGGGCCCUGCAGCUCCCAUGCUGCCUCUGCCUUGGGGUCAGGUUGACAGGAGGUUGGAGGGAAAGCCUUAAGCUGCAGGAUUCUCACCAGCUGUGUCCGGCCCAGUUUUGGGGUGUGACCUCAAUUUCAGUUUUGUCUGUACUUGAACAUUAUGAAGAUGGGGGCCUCUUUCAGUGAAUUUGUGAACAAUAGAAUUGACCGACAGCUUUCCAGUACCCAUGGGGCUAGGUCAUUAAGGUCACAUCCACAGUCUCCCCCACCCUUGUUCCAGUUGUUAGUUACUACCUCCUCUCCUGACAAUACUGUAUGUCGUCAAGCUCCCCCCAGGUCUACCCCUCCCGGCCCUGCCUGGUGGUGGGCUUGUCAUAGCCAGUGGGAUCGCCGGCCUUGACAGCUCAGUGAGCUGGAGAUGCUUGGUCACAGCCAGGCGCUAGCACAGCUCCCUUCUGCUGAUGCUGUAUUCCCAUAUCAAAAGGCACAGGGGACACCCAGAAACGCCACAUCCCCCAAUCCAUCAGUGCCAAACUAGCCAACGGCCCCAGCUUCUCAGCUCGCUGGAUGGCGGAAGCUGCUACUAAUGAGCGCCGAUGCGGGUGCAGACAAUCUUCUGUUGGGUGGCAUCAUUCCAGGCCCGAAGCAUGAACAGUGCACCUGGGACAGGGAGCAGCCCCAAAUUGUUACCUGCUUCUCUGCCCAGCUUUUCAUUGCUGUGACAGUGAUGGCGAAAGAGGGUAAUAACCAGACACAAACUGCCAAGUUUGGUGGAGAAAGGAGUUUCUUUAGCUGACAGAACCUCUGAAUUUUAAAUCACUUAGUAAGUGGCUCAAGCCCAGGAGGGAGCAGAGGGAUACGAGCGGAGUCCCCUGCACGGGACCAUCUGGAUUUGGUUUAGCCCAAGUGGAGCCUGACAACCAGAACUCUGUGUCCCCCCUCUAACCACAGCUCCUUUUCCAGAGCAUUCCAGUCAGGCUCUCUGGGCUGACUGGGCCAGGAGAGGUCACAGGUACCAGUUCUUUAAGAAGACCUUUGGGCAUAUACAUUUUUAGCCUGUGUCAUUGCCCCAAAUGGAUUCCUGUUUCAAGUUCACACUGGCAGAUUCUAGGACCUGUGUCCUAGACUUCAGGGAGUGAGCUGUUUCUAGAGUCCCUACCAUGGAGCGGGUCUGGAGGACCUGCCCGGUUGGGGGGCAGAGCCCUGCUCCCUCCGGGUCUUCCUGCUCUUCUCUCUGCUCUGAUGGGAUUUGUUGAUUCUCUCCAUUUUGGUGUCUUUCUCUUUUAGAUACUGUAUCAAUCUUUAGAAAAGGCAUAGUCUACUUGUUAUAAAUCGCUAGGAUACUGCCUCCCCCAGGGUCUAAAAUUGCAUAUUAGAGGGGAAAAGCUGAACACUGAAGUCAGUUCUCAACAAUUUAGAAGGAAAACCUAGAAAACAUUUGGCAGAAAAUUACAUUUCGAUGUUUUUGAAUGAAUAAGAGCAAGCUUUUAUAAAAAUGCUGAUCUAAAAAUACUUAGCACUUGGCCUGAGAUGCCUGGUGAGCAUUACAGGCAAGGGGACUCUGUGGAGGUAGCCGACCUGAGGGCAUGACUCUGACCCUGUCUUUUGGGAGUGACCUGGAAGGCCCAGCACCACCCUACUUCCCACUCUUUCAUCUUGACAGAGCCUGCCCCAGCACUGAUGUGUCAGGAAAACACCCAGGGAACUAGGAAGGCACUUCUGCCUGAGGGGCAGCCUGCCUUGCCCACUCCUGCUCUGCUCGCCUCAGAUCAGCGGGCCUUCUGAGCUGGCCUCUCACUGCCUCCCCAAGGCCCCCUGCCUGCCCUGUCAGGAGGCAGAAGGAAGCAGGUGUGAGGGCAGUGCAAGGAGGGAGCACAACCCCCCGCUCCCGCUCCGGGCUCCAACUUUACACAGGCAGAGCCCAGACCCUGGAGGAAAUCCUACCUUUGAAUUCAAGAACAUUUGAGGAAUUUGGAAAUCUCUUUGCUCCCAAACCCCCAUUCCGUCCUACCUUUAAUCAGGUCCUGCUCAGCAGUGAGAGCAGAUGAGGUGAAAAGGCCAAGAGGUUUGGCUCCUGCCCACUGAUAGCCCCUCUCCCUGCAGUGUUUGUGUGUCAAGUGGCAAAGCUGUUCUUCCUGGUGACCCUGAUUAUAUCCAGUAACGCAUAGACUGUGCGCAUAGGCCUGCUUUGUCUCCUCUAUCCUGGGCUUUUGUUUUGCUUUUUAGUUUUGCUUUUAGUUUUUCUGUCCCUUUUAUUUAACGCACCGACUAGACACACAAAGCAGUUGAAUUUUUAUAUAUAUAUCUGUAUAUUGCACAAUUAUAAACUCAUUUUGCUUGUGGCUCCACACACACAAAAAAGACCUGUUAAAAUUAUACCUGUUGCUUAAUUACAAUAUUUCUGAUAACCAUAGCAUAGGACAAGGGAAAAUAAAAAAAGAAAAAAAAAAGAAAAAAAAAACGACAAAUCUGUCUGCUGGUCACUUCUUCUGUCCAAGCAGAUUCGUGGUCUUUUCCUCGCUUCUUUCAAGGGCUUUCCUGUGCCAGGCGAAGGAGGCUCCAGGCAGCACCCAGGUUUUGCACUCUUGUUUCUCCCGUGCUUGGGAAAGAGGUCCCAAGGUUCUGGGUGCAGGAGCGCUCCUUUGACCUGCUGAAGUCUGGAACGUAGUCGGCACAGCCUGGUCCCCUUCCACCUCUGGGAGCUGGAGUCCACUGGGGUGGCCUGACUCCCCCAAUCCCCUUCCCGUGACCUGGUCAGGGUGAGCCCAUGUGGAGUCAGCCUCGCAGGCCUCCCUGCCAGUAGGGUCUGAGUGUGUUUCAUCCUUCCCACUCUGUCGAGCCUGGGGGCUGGAGCGGAGACGGGAGGCCUGGCCUGUCUCGGAACCUGUGAGCUGCACCAGGUAGAACGCCAGGGACCCCAGAAUCAUGCGCGUCAGUCCAAUGGGUCCCCUCCAGGAAGUAGUGAAGACUCCAGAAAUGUCCCUUUCUUCUCCCCCAUCCUACGAGUAAUUGCAUUUGCUUUUGUAAUUCUUAAUGAGCAAUAUCUGCUAGAGAGUUUAGCUGUAACAGUUCUUUUUGAUCAUCUUUUUUUAAUAAUUAGAAACACCAAAAAAAUCCAGAAACUUGUUCUUCCAAAGCAGAGAGCAUUAUAAUCACCAGGGCCAAAAGCUUCCCUCCCUGCUGUCAUUGCUUCUUCUGAGGCCUGAAUCCAAAAGAAAAACAGCCAUAGGCCCUUUCAGUGGCCGGGCUACCCGCGAGCCCCUCGGAGGACCAGGGCUGGGGCAGCCUCUGGGCCCACAUCCGGGGCCAGCUCUGGCGUGUGUUCAGUGUUAGCAGUGGGUCAUGAUGCUCUUUCCCACCCAGCCUGGGAUAGGGGCAGAGGAGGCGAGGAGGCCGUUGCCGCUGAUGUUUGGCCGUGAACAGGUGGGUGUCUGCGUGCGUCCACGUGCAUGUUUUCUGACUGACAUGAAAUCGACGCCCAAGUUAGCCUCACCCGGUGACCUCUAGCCCUGCCCGGAUGGAGCGGGGCCCACCCGGUUCAGUGUUUCUGGGGAGCUGGACAGUGGAGUGCAAAAGGCUUGCAGAACUUGAAGCCUGCUCCUUCCCUUGCUACCACGGCCUCCUUUCUGUUUGAUUUGUCACUGCUUCAAUCAAUAACAGCCGCUCCAGAGUCAGUAGUCAAUGAAUAUAUGACCAAAUAUCACCAGGACUGUUACUCAAUGUGUGCCGAGCCCUUGCCCAUGCUGGGCUCCCGUGUAUCUGGACACUGUAACGUGUGAUGUGUUUGCUCUCCUUCCCCUUCCUUCUUUGCCCUUUACUUGUCUUUCUGGGGUUUUUCUGUUUGGGUUUGGUUUGGUUUUUAUUUCUCCUUUUGUGUUCCAAACAUGAGGUUCUCGCUACUGGUCCUCUUAACUGUGGUGUUGAGGCUUAUAUUUGUGUAAUUUUUGGUGGGUGAAAGGAAUUUUGCUAAGUAAAUCUCUUCUGUGUUUGAACUGAAGUCUGUAUUGUAACUAUGUUUAAAGUAAUUGUUCCAGAGACAAAUAUUUCUAGACACUUUUUCUUUACAAAAGCAUUAGGAGGGAGGGGGGAUGGUGACUGAGAUGAGAGGGGAGAGCUGAACAGAUGACCCCUGCCCAGAUCAGCCAGAAGCCACCCAAAGCAGUGGAGCCCAGGAAUCCCACUCCAAGCCAGCAAGCCGAAUAGCUGAUGUGUUGCCACUUUCCAAGUCGCUGCAAAACCAGGUUUUGUUCUGCCCAGUGGAUUCUUGUUUUGCUUCCCCUCCCCCCGAGAUUAUUACCACCAUCCCGUACUUUUAAGGAAAGACAAGAUUGAUGUUUCCUUGAAGGGAGCCAGGAGGGGAUGUGUGUGCGCAGAGCUGAAUAGCUGAGGAGAAUGGGGCUGGGCCCGCCCGAGCAGGAGGCUGGGACGCUCUGCUGUGGGCACAGGUCAGGCUAAUGUUGGCAGAUGCAUUUGGCCACUCCCCCUGAUGCAGCUCUUCCUGGACAGGCCAGGUGGUGGGCAUUCUCUCUCCAAGGUGUGCCCCAUGGGCAUUACUGUUUAAGACACUUCUGUCACAUCCCACCCCAUCCUCCAGGGCUCAACACUGUGACAUCUCUAUUCCCCACCCUCCCCUUCCCAGGGCAAUAAAAUGACCAUGGAGGGGGCUUGCACUCUCUUGGCUGUCAUCCAAUCGCCAGCAAAAUUUAGAUGUGAGAAACCCCCUUCCCAUUCCAUGGCAAAAACAUCUCCUUAGAAAAGCCAUUACCCUCAUUAGGCAUGGUUUUGGGCUCCCGAAACACCUGACAGCCCCUCCCUCCUCUGAGAGGCGGAAAUAGUGCUGACUGUAGUAACCAUUGCAUGCGGGGUGCAGCAUCUGGAAGAGCCAGGCAGGGUGUCUGCCCCCUCCUGAGUUGAAGUCAUGCUCUCCUGUGCCAGCCCAGAGGCCGAGAGCUGUGGACAGCAUUGCCAGUAACAACAGGCCACCCUGUGCAGAAGGGAGUUGGCUCCAGCCUGGAAACCCGUCUGAGGUUGGGAGAGGUGCACUUGGGGCACGGGGAGAGGCCGGGACACACUUAGCUGGAGAUGUCUCUAAAAGCCCUGUAUCGUAUUCACCUUCAGUUUUUGUGUUUUGGGACAAUUACUUUAGAAAAUAAGUAGGUCGUUUUAAAAAAAAUUAUUGAUUGCUUUUUGUAGUGUUCAGAAAAAAGGUUCUUUGUGUAUAGCCAAAUGACUGAAAGCACUGAUAUAUUUAAAAACAAAAGGCAAUUUAUUAAGGAAAUUUGUACCAUUUCAGUAAACCUGUCUGAAUGUACCUGUAUACGUUUCAAAAACACUCCCCCCACUGAAUCCCUGUAACCUAUUUAUUAUAUAAAGAGUUUGCCUUAUAAAUUUACAUAAAAAUGUCCGUUUGUGUCUUUUGUUGUAAAAAUCAAGUGAUUUUUUCAUAAGGUUCUUUUACUAUUGGAAAAGAUGGGCAGCACGCAGUUUUAUUUUAUUUUUGUAAGUUUUUUAAUACAUGUGAAAGCAAAGAAUACUCAGCAUGCCUUUCUAAGUGACGCGUUUGCACCUUUUGUUGGGAAGUACUGUAUCCUGUGCUGUUAGCAUUCUCGAUAAAUCUCUCUGUGAAAGUGA